AUGCCUAAGCCGAUUUGUGUUCAAUGCAGUACCAAUGAUUCUUUAUUAUGGCGUAGCGCAGAAAACGGUCAGAUAUGCAACGAAUGUCAUUUAGCUAAUGCAGCAAGUAAGGAAAUGGAACUAACAACAAAUAUAAAAACAGAGAUUGAAGAUAAAAAAGAUGACAAGGAAGAUAUGGACAGCAGGAAUGGUAAGAGUGAUGGAGAUUCUACGCCAGCAAAAGCCACUGGAAAAGGUACACGGAAAAGUACUCGUGCUACUAGAUACAAAUCAAAAACUCCUGCUCCAACACCUGCAAAGCCCUCUGCACCGCGAGGCCGUGGGCGCAGAAGUAUUUUUAAGAGACAGCCUCUAAAAGCACCCACUGCAACGGCUACUGUUGUUACAAGUGAUUCUAUUUUUUAUAAGGGAUCAUACAUGCAAGUGGGUGAUAUUGUGUCUAUGCUUGACGUAAUGGGUGGGACAUAUUAUGCUCAAAUCAGAGGAUUCCUUACAGAUCAGUAUUGUGAAAAGAGUGCUGUUGUAACCUGGCUCUUGCCAACUAAAGCAAGUCCACCCCCAGAAAAGGGUUUUGAUCCAGCAACCUAUAUUAUAGGUCCAGAAGAAGAUUUGCCCCGUAAGUUGGACUACAUGGAGUUUGUAAUGCAUGCACCAUCUGACUAUUACAAAGCCAGCAAUAGUCCAUACCCAUUAACAGAAAAUGAAUUAAAUAACUAUUCAGGAUUUAUAUGGACUACAUUAGACCCAAAAGAGAAAACUUAA